AUGGCCGAAUCAUACGGCGCCGUUUCCGUCGACGUUGGUACGAUCUAUCUUGGUGGCAAGGAGCAUCGUGUUAAAACUGCAUGUGGUGUUGUGUCUGUCAUUGUUCAUGGAGACCGAGAAAAGCCAGCAUUGAUUACUUAUCCGGAUCUGGCCCUCAACCAUAUGUCAUGCUUCCAAGGAUUGUUCUUCUGCCCUGAAGCUGCUUCAUUGCUGCUACAUAACUUCUGCAUUUACCAUAUCAGUCCACCUGGGCACGAGUUAGGAGCUGCUCCGAUUUGUCCUAAUGAUUCAGCCCCUUCUGCUGAUGACUUGGCAGAUCAGAUCCUUGAAGUUCUCAACUUUUUCGGCCUUGGUGCUGUGAUGUGUAUGGGAGUGACUGCAGGUGCUUACAUUCUCACCUUAUUCGCGAUGAAACAUAGAGAUCGGGUUCUCGGUUUGAUUCUUGUCUCACCGUUAUGCAAGGCGCCGUCUUGGUCUGAAUGGUUCUACAACAAGGUUAUCACAAACUUGUUGUAUUUCUAUGGGAUGUGUGGGGUGGUAAAGGAAUUUUUGCUUCAGAGAUACUUUAGUAAGGAAGUCCGUGGUAACGUCGAGAUUCCAGAGUCAGAUAUAGCACAAGCUUGCAGAAGACUGCUUGAGGAGAGGCAAAGUGUAAAUGUAACGCGGUUUCUUGAUGCCAUUGAUCAGAGACCGGACAUCUCAAGUGGAUUGAAGAAACUGAAAUGCAGGACACUUAUCUUCAUCGGAGAUCAAUCUCCCUUCUACUCAGAAGCUGUUCAUAUGGCAGCAAAUUUGGAUAGAGGAUACUGUGCUUUGGUCGAGGUGCAAGCUUGUGGUUCAAUGGUAACAGAGGAACAACCACACGCGAUGUUGAUCCCAAUGGAAUACUUCUUGAUGGGUUAUGGAUUAUAUAGACCAUCUUGUUUCUCAGACAGCCCCAGAAGUCCUCUUAGCCCUUCUUGCAUUUCACCUGAGCUUCUCUCUCCUGAAAGCAUGGGAUUAAAGCUUAAGCCUAUCAAAACCCGGGUUAAGGCUUAA